AUCUGUGGUAAAAAUAAAUUCAUUUAACAUUUCCAUGAGACACCGGAAGUGACGUAUCCUGUAGUUUUUGUGUUGUAAGCGAGAAAAGGUCACGGAGGAAGUUAGCAGCAGCGGCAGAACCAGCAGCUGCAACAUUUCACAGGUUUACUGGUUUUACUGGUUUAAAUCUGCACCGUCAUUAAACAGGAUUAUGAGGAGAUGUAGAGACGAAGCUUCAGGAACUGCGGCUGCAGAAUCCUGCUGCCACCAGUGCAGAGCUUAAACUGGCAGCAGGUGAACAUGAGGGCCUCCUCAGACCACCAGGAGAACCUUCUGUCCCAGAACGUCCUUUAGGAUCCUGAUCCUGUCCUCUGAGGCGUUGCUGCUCCCAGGAAGUGAACUUCCUACAGAUCCAGUCUGCAUUUAAAAAAAAACGUCUGCUGCUGAUAAUCCAGAUCGGCAGGAAGUGGUGCUGCGUUCAGGGUCCUAUGUGUCCUCCUGUCAGAGCUGCAGCAGACUGAAGGAGCUCUCUGAUUGGCCGGCAGCAGCUGAAGCCGAGGAGGAGCUGAUCCAUGAGGCAGGAUGCCAGCAGCUGCUCCCUGAUCAGAACCUUCUCCACCCGCGGCGCCGACCCCCACCCCCCUGAGAUGUCCCGGCACAGCAAGCUGCAGAAGCAGGUCCUGGCUCUGUACCGGCAGUUCCUCCGAGCCGGGAAGGAGAAGCCGGGCUUCAUCCCCAGAAUCCGAGACGAGUUCAAGGAGAACUCCCGCAUCAAGAAGACGGACGUGAUGCACAUCGAGUAUCUGUACCGACGAGGCCAGCGGCAGCUGGAGCAGCUGAGGGACGUCAACACCAAGCAGCUGGGAUCCUUCUCCAAAGGCAAAGAGCCCGGCUGAACUGGACCCGAUCCGGGGAAGCAGGAACCUCACAGACUGGACCAGAACCCACCCGGCGCUCUGAUAGCAUGAGACGUAAUAAAUGAAACUUUGAACACCUGAACAUUAUUCCCGGUUUCUUAAACGAUUGUUCUGAACUAGUUGGUUCUGAUUCCACUUCUUCUGCUGUUUCCUCUUUGCUGAAGGAGAUUCAGUGGAAGUGGAAAACAUGGAGGAAUGAUGCGAUUUUAUUUAAGUCUUUUUAUGAGAAAUAAAUCCAUAGAAAGAA